AUGGUGAAAUGGAAUAAUUAUUUCUUAAUCUCUGCUAGGCCAAAUGUGUGCACGGAGCAGCAGAAAAUUAUUGUAGCUGAGAAGCAACCGUGCGUACAGACCUUCACACGGAUGGUAAAAGUUUGGAAACAAGAUUGUGUAGGACAUCCCUGGUGCAUGGGUUAUGAAAGAAGGACUGCUUACUACACUGGUUACAGGCAGGUGUACAGACAGGACUAUCAGACAGUGUGCAAGUGUUGCCCUGGAUGGUCACAGCUCAGUGGAGAGGCUGGCUGUCUCUACCCUCUCUGCAGCUAUGGUGUGUGCUUUAAUGGAGGAGUUUGUAAGGAGGGUUCGUCCCAGCUCUGCGACUGCCCUGCUGGAUUUCAUGGACCUAGCUGCCAGUAUGAUGUAAAUGAGUGUGAGGAAACCAAUGGAGGAUGUGAGGGGCUCUGUUCUAACACCAUUGGUAGCUUUUACUGUAAGUGUACCAGUGGUCAGAGACUAAGGGAGGAUGGCAAGACUUGCCAAGAUAUUGACGAAUGUCAGGUCCAUAACGGAGGCUGCCAGCACAGAUGUGUGAACACCAGAGGAUCCUACUACUGUGAGUGCAACCCGGGCUUUCGGCUGCACAGCGAUGCACGUACCUGUAUAGCUGUCCAGUCCUGUGCCAUCAGUAACGGAGGCUGUGAACAGGAAUGCGUCCAAAUCUCCUCCGUCCAUUUCCAGUGCCGCUGCAGACCAAACUACCAGCUCGCUGCCGAUGGCAAACGCUGCAAGCUUAGGAACCCGUGUGCAGACAGAAAUGGAGGCUGCAUGCACAAAUGUCACAAUGACCGUGGUCGGGCCCAGUGUGAGUGCCACAGAGGGUUCAGACUGGCCCAGGACAGACGGAGCUGUGAAGACAUUGAUGAGUGUGAGACGGGCCAGGCUGCCUGUGCGCAUGGCUGCCAUAACAACCCUGGCUCUUUCUCCUGCAUCUGUAACCCUGGAUACGAACUGGGCUCCGAUGGCAGGAAAUGUUACCGUAUUGAAAUGGAGAUUGUUAACAGUUGUGAAACUGGAAAUGGAGGCUGCUCUCACCACUGUCAACAUGGCACUCUUGGGCCUGUUUGCAGCUGUAACACUGGAUACCAGCUUGAUGAUGACUUAAAGACUUGUUUGGAUGUGGAUGAAUGCGGAGAUGGAACUUCGUGCUGUGAGCAGGACUGCACUAAUUACCCUGGGGGAUACGAGUGCUAUUGCAGGGCAGGAUACAGACUCAAUUCAGAUGGAUGUGGUUGUGAUGAUGUGGAUGAGUGCGUCUCUGAUAACGGAGGCUGCGAUCAUACCUGCCAGAACACAGCCGGGUCCUAUCAGUGCUUCUGUCGAUUGGGGCAUCGCCUGGCUGAGGACAGACACCAGUGCAUACCUCUGGAGAGGACAGUGGAAGCAUUGUCCAGUCAUUUGGUGGUUGAAAGACCCCUGCCUCAGAUCACUCUGCUGCAGGACUACGCUCUGCCAUUAGAGCGCUAUGAUGACUAUGAGGAGGGUCUGGGAGAGCUACGGGCUGAGAGCACCCUCUCUGAGAAAUAUGUCUGUUUGAACAACACAUUUGGCCAUGACUGCAGCCUGUCGUGUGAUGACUGCUCCAACGGAGGAGAGUGUAAUGUUGAGCGGAAUGGUUGCGAUUGCCCAGACGGCUGGACGGACAUUAUCUGCAACCAGACCUGUCCGGAGGGCACAUUUGGCAGGAACUGCUCCUUCACCUGUAAGUGUAAGAAUGGAGGCACCUGUGAUCCGGUGACCGGGCACUGCCGCUGCCCGCCCGGAGUCAGUGGAGAAAUGUGUCAGGAUGGCUGUCCAAAAGGCUUUUAUGGGAAACACUGUAAUAAAAAAUGUAACUGUGCCAACAAUGGCCGCUGUCAUCGCACCUACGGAGCCUGUCUGUGUGACCCUGGACUCUACGGCAGGUUCUGCCACCUGCCGUGCCCUAAAUGGACGUAUGGACCAGGCUGUUCAGAGGAGUGUCCGUGUGUGCAAAGGAACUCUCAGGAGUGCCACCGUCGCUAUGGCACCUGUGUGUGUAAACCUGGGUACCAAGGCAAGACUUGCAACCAGGAAUGUGACAGUGGGUUCUAUGGUGUAGGAUGUAAGAGGAAAUGUCAGUGCCCAACUGGAAUUUCUUGCCAUCAUGUGACAGGGGACUGCCAGCACCACUGCCCAGCAGGUCUGCAUGGGCAGAACUGUGACCAAGAAUGUACAGAGGGCAGUUAUGGACCUGGAUGCUCUCUGUCUUGUGACUGCUCUGGAGCAGCGUGCGAUGCAGUAAACGGGCAGUGCCACUGUCCGGCCGGAAGAACUGGAGAGCGCUGUGAAAGAGAGUGUGUUAAUGGGACUUGGGGUUUGGCCUGUGCAGAGCAGUGUCCGGUCUGUGAGAACAGCGGAGUGUGUGAUAAAGUGAAUGGAACAUGCAUCUGCCUGCCAGGAUAUGAAGGAAGGCUCUGUGAAAAUGUCUGCCCAGUGGGACACUUUGGUCUGGGUUGUCAGCAUCGCUGUUUGUGUGAGAACAGUGGACUCUGUCACCACGUCACAGGCCGUUGUACUUGUAUGGAUGGCUGGACCGGGCACAACUGCAAGAAAGCCUGUGACCCUGGACAUUGGGGAGCAGACUGUGCCAACGCGUGUGACUGUAAAAACACAGAUGGGAGCUGUGACGCGGUGACUGGGCAGUGUAACUGUGAGGCAGGUUUUACUGGACCACGCUGCGAUCAAAAGUGCCCUGAAGGGUUCUUUGGUCCAGGCUGUCGUCACAGGUGCCAGUGUGAUAAUAGUGCAGCUUGUGAACAUGUCAGUGGUGCUUGUACAUGCCUGCCAGGCUGGACUGGGACAUACUGCGAAAAAUCCUGUCCUGAAGGUUUCCAUGGUCUGGACUGUCAGCAGAAAUGUAAUUGCUUACAUGGUGGGCGAUGUCACCACAUGACAGGAACCUGUCUUUGCCCCCCUGGCUGGAUUGGCCCCCAAUGCAACACCGCAUGCCAAGCAAACACAUUUGGACCAGGUUGCAAUCAAACCUGUAACUGCCACAACAAUGCCACCUGUGACCCGGUGAAUGGGAAGUGCGAAUGUGGGCCAGGCUGGACCGGACCCGGUUGUGAGGAAGCCUGUUCUGCUGGCUUCUAUGGGAUUGGCUGCCACCAGCACUGCCUAUGCCAGAACGGAGGGUCAUGUGAUCACAUCAGCGGACACUGCACGUGUCCCAGCGGGUGGACUGGGGUUGCAUGUGAACUGGAGUGUGCCCCAGGCUGGUAUGGUAUUGACUGUCAGCAGGAGUGUGUGUGUGAGAAUGGAGGAGUGUGUAACCGGCAGAGUGGAGAGUGCUCAUGUCCAGCAGGAUGGGUGGGCCAGCGCUGUGAGAAAGCCUGCGUGGCAGGAUUUUUUGGUCUUGGCUGUGAGGAGCAGUGUCAGUGUGAACACAACGCCCCCUGUGAUCAUGUCACAGGAGCCUGUUUAUGUCCACCGGGCUGGAGGGGACUGCGCUGUGAGAAAAUCUGUUUUCCUGGCUCAUAUGGGAAGGAUUGUUCACAGCGUUGUGUCUGCCCCCAUGGCACUUCUUGUAAUCACGUGACUGGGGAAUGUGGCUGUCCCCCGGGGUUUACGGGAAACGGCUGUGAACAGAUUUGCCAGCCUGGCACAUUUGGGCUGAACUGUAAUCAGGUGUGUCAGUGCUCAGCAGCUAAUCAGUUAUGCCACCCUGUUACUGGACUCUGCUACUGUGCUCCAGGUUACCAAGGCAACAACUGUGAUUUAGAGUGUGAGGAGGGCCAAUAUGGACCUAACUGUGAACGCCGGUGCCAGUGUCUAAAUAAUGGAGUCUGUCAGACCACCACUGGGACCUGUUUGUGUCCUCCAGGAUUUAUUGGGGCAAACUGCAAUAUCACAUGCCCAGCAGGGCAUUAUGGGCAGGAUUGUGCCCAAGUGGCACUGUGUGGAAAGGGUGCCAGGAACGACCCCAUCACGGGCAGAUGUGUGUGCAAGGCUGGGCAGCGAGGGGAGGACUGCGGCCAAGGCUGUCCUAAAGGCUGGUUUGGGGAGGCCUGUGCAUACCGUUGUAACUGCAGUAAUGGAGGAUUGUGUGACCCUGUGUCGGGAAACUGUACCUGUGGACUAGGAUGGACUGGAGGCAGCUGUGAUAUAGAAUGUCCCCAAGGAUGGUAUGGCGCUAACUGUCAACAGCAAUGUGAAUGUAAGAACAACGGCACAUGUGACAGAGUAACGGGGGAGUGCCAGUGUAGCCCUGGAUAUUAUGGACAUCUCUGUGAACAUGCUUGCCCUCCUGGUUUCCAUGGACACCACUGCCAGCUGUUUUGUGACUGUAGAGAAAAUGUGCCUUGUGACCCUCGUUCUGGCCAAUGCCAAUGCCCAGCAGGUUACCAAGGCAACCGUUGUGAGAGAGAAUGUGAAGAGGGAAAGUUUGGUCAUGGGUGUACUCAGACUUGUGACUGUGAUAGAAACACACCAUGUGAUCCAGUGAGUGGCAAAUGCCUGUGUGCACCGGGGAAGACAGGACUUCAUUGUGAUAUAGACUGUAGUCUGAAUCGCUAUGGUCCUGAUUGUUCAGAGAGCUGCCACUGUGAAAAUGGAGCUCUGUGUAACCCACGGAAUGGACGUUGCACUUGUCUAAAUGGAUGGAUGGGACCUAGUUGUCAUGAAGGUCAUUUUUGA